GGGAGGGAGGGAGAGAGCCAGGGAGAGAGCGGACGUGUGGUAGCGAGAGCUGGGAGGAAGGAUGGCUGCUUAUGUUUGAACUACCUCAGAUGCUCAAAGGCAGAGUCGAAGCAGAAAUCCAGCAGAAGCAAAGGAACAGACGUCUCACAGGGAGACGCGUCUUCGUUUGUGGGGGAAACUGAACACAUUUGGUAAUGCCUGCUGAAGUGAAAGAGGAGCAGAGUUCAGAGGGCCCCCCAACAUUGUCAGUGUCCCAAGAGGCUAAAGAGACCACGCCUGAUAACCCAUCCACCAAUGAUGAGCUGGAUACGCCCAGUUCCAUCGCCUCUAUGAUGACCUCGACCAAUGACAGCUCGACGGAGAUAGACACCCCACAGCAGACGGACAAUGAGGAGUCCAAAACUGUGGAGCCAGAAGCUGAACAACCCGAGACCCAAGAAUCUGCAGAGUCAGAGCUCGAGAAUGCCCAGACAUGCGACACACCUGAUCCCACAUCAGUUCCAGGGGUUCAAGAAAACUCCCCAACUGAGGAACGCCCGGGUGCUGUCAUCACCGAACCCUCUGAGUCUUUAGCACCAUCCUCAACAACCAGCGGCACUAAUGUGGCACCCCAACAGCCUCAGGUGAUAGCACAGCCCGGGAAAGCAGUGAACCCAGAUGGGCAGAGCAGGAUCUACACCCUGCCAGAUGGCUACAGAGGCCUCGGAGGUGAUCUGUGCACAGGGUAUGGAAGCCUGUCCCGUGUCGCCCUCCACAGCUACUGGCCUGUAAAAAACUUCCAGCCUAGCGCCCACUACACUUUACCGUUCCUCAGGGACACCUACGGUCCCACAGGGCUCACCGGCCAGACGGAAAAUGAAGGCCUCAGCGAAAGGGCAGAAACCCCUCUUAACAUCAAGUCUGAAAACCCGGCUGCCAGUUACCCAACACUGGGGGGGUUCCACCAGUUCAGGCCAAUUACCACGAUGGAGCUCCUCAGGGAGCCAUCAAGAACCAGAGGUGGCUAUGAUGAUGCCUUUAUGUCCCAGCUGGAAGGAAACCUCAAUCCUUUCUUCCAGGCCAUGUGCCGUGCACAGACACUGCAGUUCCCCCACAAACGCAGCAGCAUGGUCAGCCUGGACAGCAUCCGCAGAGACCCGCGCUGGAGAGAUCCCAACUUGCAUGAGGUGAUCUCCAUGCUGAGCCACCCAAUGGACCCGGUCAAGUCCAAUGCCGCAGCUUAUUUGCAGCACUUGUGUUAUGAGAAUGAUCACAUCAAGCAGGAGGUCCGUCAGCUGAACGGGGUGCAAAUCUUGGUGCAAUUACUCGACCAUCCGAAAGCUGAAGUUCACCGCAAGGCUUGUGGUGCCUUGCGCAACAUAUCUUACGGGAAAGACCACAAUAACAAAAUGGCCAUCAAGAGCUGCGAUGGCAUCCAAGCCUUAGUCAGACUCCUGAGGAAGUCUAACAGUGUGGAAGUCAAAGAGUUAGUCACAGGUACUCUGUGGAACCUCUCUUCACAUGAACCACUGAAAAUGAUGGUCAUCAACCAUGGGCUCCAAACACUGACGGAUGAAAUCAUCAUUCCACACUCAGGCUGGAGGAGGGAAUGUGCCAAAACUUCCAAACUGCAGAGCGCUGAGUGGACCACGGUCUUCAAGAAUACCUCUGGGUGUCUGAGGAAUGUCAGCUCAGAUGGGGCCGAGGCUCGACAGAGGUUGAGGGAGUGUGAUGGGCUGGUGGAUGCACUGCUUCAUGCUCUGCAUUCAGCUGUUAUCAACAAGGACACAGACAAUAAGUCCGUUGAGAACUGUGUCUGCAUCCUGCGAAACCUUUCCUAUCAUGUUCACAAGGAAAUACCAGGAGUCGAGCGACUUCAGGAGCCCCAUGGCAAUCACUCGCUGAGGUCAGCGGGUCAACACAAGAAGAAGAAUGAGCCCGACUGUUUUGGAGGGAAAAAACCCAAAGAAGAGUGGUUCAAUCAAGGUUGGAAAAACGGAUUUAUGGAGAGAAAAUAUGGCACGCUGGAUUUACCAAAGCGUCCGGAACAAAUGAAAGGUUUGGAGCUGCUGUACCAGCCCGAGGUGGUGAGGCUCUACCUUUCUCUCCUCACCUGCAGCCACAACCACAACACCUUGGAGGCGGCAGCAGGAGCGCUGCAGAACCUCUCUGCUGGGCAGUGGGCUUGGUCCAGCUACAUCCGAGCCACAGUGAGAAAAGAGAAAGGGCUGCCAAUUCUGGUGGAGCUGCUGCGCUCAGACGUGGAUAAAGUGGUGCGAGCGGUGGCUAUCGCUCUUCGCAACCUGGCUAUGGACCGAAGAAAUAAAGACUUAAUAGGGAGCUACGCGCUGAGGGACCUUGUUGGUAAUCUUCCAUGUGGGCAACAGCAUCCAGCCAAAAACCUGGAGGGAGAUACGGUGGUGUCCAUUCUGAACACCAUUCAUGAGAUCAUCACAGACAGCCCAGAGAACAUCAGAGCGCUCAUCCAGGGCCAUGCUAUUCAGAAACUGGUCGCAAUCAGCAAGUCAAGCCAAUCAGUGCGUGAGACCAAGGCGGCAGCCCAUGUACUUCAGACAAUAUGGACCUACAAGGACCUGAGAAACACUCUGACCAAGGCAGGUUGGAACAAGAGUCACUUCAAGCCAACAGCGGCUGCUGUAGCUAAAAAAUCCAAGAGUGGAAAGCAAGGCAGUGAUGACAUCACGUUGCCUCUCAUGGACAAAAACCAAGAUGUGUACGCCACCUUAGAGCCAAACGACAGAGUUGGAGAUGGAAAAGGACCUGUUGUGGAGAGAGAAGCUCUUCAGACGGUUAGUGAGAGGAAGCACUUCAUCCGAGCCGGGAGGCCUGCGGUGGGCCUCAUGGACAACAAACCGCCACCGUUAGACUCCUGGGUCUAAAGACAAGAAGCAUUUCCAGUUGAGCCGAAGGAAUCUUUCAUCUUUCCACUGGUGAAACACAGAUCUGUGCCAUGUGAUCACUCACAGAGGAGAUGAUUUAUUAAUGUAUCUUUACUUAACUUUUUCUUCUUUACAGAAAAUAAUGUGCCAAACGUUAACAUUUAUUUAUUACGCACAUAAUUUAGUUUUCAUGGAUUUUCUCACAUGCAAUGAUGUAUCUAACUGAAAUUUCAAGCAAAAUCACAUAAUUAUGCAAACUGUGAUGAAUCAUGACUCCAAAGACUAUACAACAAACAUUUGAAGAAUUAAUUUAUAUCUCUUCUAGUGCAUUAGGGUCUAAACUAAGAUGUUGGUCUAUUGUUGUCCAGCUCCAUGAAGAUUAACAACCUUUAGUAUAAAAUACUUAAAAAAUCUUUUUGGUCAAUGUUUGAGAUAAUUAGGAUUUGUUUGCCAAGAUAUUAUUAUUAUUAUUAUUAUAUCUUGGAAUUUCCAUUAAAUUAGACUCUGCUCUUUUACUGCAUUAGAAAAUGAUUCUAUUUGUUUCUGGAUGGGUGAUACAAGAUUGUAAAUGUGUAAUAAAGGACUGUUAAUAUUCUAAAUGAAGGCAUUUAUAUUGUAAUAUUUAUUGUAAUACCCAUGUUAUUAACUGAAAGUUAUAGAUGUGUAUCAACUAAUACCUGUAACUGAUUUCACAUUCAAUACAACUCUGCUUUGCAGUUGUCCUUUUUGCAUUGCAACAUUGAAUGACAAAUGGAAAUAAAUUACGUGCAUAAUUUCUCAA